AUGACAGAGGUUAUUCUAGAUCCAACAGCUGAGAGUAAACCAGGCAUAAUAAACUACAUUGAACUUGGAGACAACUUAGGAGCUAAUGUCAUCAAGCGUAAAAUGCUGAUGAGGUGUGGAAAAACUGGUACCCCAAAUGAUGAAGCCGUUGGUUGUAGAUUUUGCCUAGGACUACACCUUCAGUGUCCAAGACCCAGCUCCUCAAAGCCUUUGAAAAUGCACUGCAAGAGUUGUGCUCUGGUUACCAGUUCUGGACAUCUCGUGGGAAGCAAACAAGGCAACAGAAUUGACCAGACUGAGUGUGUAAUACGAAUGAACGAUGCACCCACUCGAAGUUAUGGAAAAGAUGUUGGAAACAAAACUAGUCUUCGAGUCAUUGCACAUUCUAGUAUCCAGAGAAUUCUGCGAAACCGCAAUGAACUGUUAAAUAUGAGCCACGGUACUGUGUUUAUCUUCUGGGGUCCCAGCAGCUAUAUGAGACGAGAUGGAAAAGGUUUGGUUUAUAAUAAUCUGCAAUUGAUGAAUCAGAUACUACCUCAAUUAAAAGUAUAUAUGAUUUCUCGGCACAAGAUGCUUCAAUUUGAUGACCUCUUCAAACGAGAAACUGGCAAAGACAGGAAGAUAUCCAACACUUGGCUUAGCACAGGAUGGUUCACAAUGACUAUUGCAUUAGAACUCUGUGACAGGAUAGAUGUUUAUGGAAUGGUGCCACCAGAUUUCUGCAGGGAUCCUAAUCAUCCUUCAGUACCUUAUCAUUAUUAUGAACCUUUGGGACCUGAUGAAUGUACAAUGUACAUCUCACACGAGCGGGGACGAAAGGGCAGCCAUCAUCGUUUUAUCACAGAGAAACGAGUGUUUGAGAACUGGGCACGGACAUUCAAUAUUCACUUUUUCCAACCAGACUGGAAACCAGAAUCACUUACUAUAAAUCACCCUGAAAUUAAACCCGUGUUCUGAGGAAUGAAUGCACAAAACUGUAAUCACAGUCAUCUCCUGUAUCAAGCUUCAGGGUAUUGAACCUCGAAGAACAGCAACCCAGUCUGAAAAAGCAAGGUUAACUGGAUUUGUGGGUGGAGACUGCUACAAUAUUUGGGAAGUUCUUGUGAAGGAAUACAUAAAAGGACAUUUUGUUUCCAAAUGUAUCGUAAUCCAAUAAUUAACAUUGUCAAGCCAGUUCACUUCUUAUAUAAGUAUGUGAUCUGUAAAAAGCAACUUGACUCUCAUUAAUGGGAUGUUUUAUUCAUUACAGUUUUUAAGGCACGUUGCCACUGAAUUUUCAUAGUGAAAACUUAAAAUAUUUAUUUAAUGGAGGUUUUUAUGCAGGGUAGGCCAGUAUUUUUCUAAUUCACAAUUAUGUAAUUAUCUUUCUUAAGCCUUCAAAUCCAAAAAUUAUUGCUGGUUGUGUAGAAAGGCCUAGCUUCUUGUUUAUAAUUUUUCUCUCUGAAAAAUAUGAUUCUGUCUAGCAUGUAAUUAAUAUUUGAUCUGAAAAUGUUGUAUUUCUUUUUAAAUUGCUGGGCUCUGCUCCAAUGUAGAGUCUUUAACGGCAAGAAAAUUCCCAUGUGACGAUCAUGUGUGAGAUGCUACGGUCUGACAUUGCACAUUAAUAUGAAAAUGGCAAAGAAAAUUCCUUUUGAUGUAAAAGUGCUCAUGCAGCUGUGAUGUCAGGCUGCUCUUUCUUAAUGGAGAGAGGUAGAGGGUAGGGCAAAAUGUACUCGAUUGUAUUCUGAAAUAGUGCCACCAUGUGCGGCACUGGGCAUAUAAUUAAGAGUGAAAAAUGAGAGGGGUCAGUAUGGGAGGUGAGAGGACUCUCAGAAAUGCCAUCAUGCUGCUUGGCCUUUUGUAUUUCCCAAAAGGAAAUUGUAUUAUAUUAGAAAUCCUCCCAUUUCCAGCUGCAAUCUGCAAGAUUGCCGGCAAUGGAUUAAGAGUACAUGAGUGGAUGCCUUCCCCUAUGAUAGGUACUUAUGUAAUGUUCCUGAGUCUACACCAACCAGCAGAAUAGAAAUCAUAUGGCAUUAAUAACAUAAGAAAC